GACUACCUAGAUACGCUUAGAAUCUAAUUGACCACCCACAAACACUUUCAUUCUUUGAAACCACCUAAUUAAACAUGAAAAAAAAAAUCGUAUUGAGCAUAACGAAAAUGGAAGCAACCAAGAAAAUGUUGUAGGUGUGGUCAUUAAUCUUAAACAUGACAAAAGUCCAUAUUAAACAUAACAAAAAUGGAAGCAACCAAGAAAAUAUUGAAGGCUUGGUCAUUAAUCUUGGACGCACACGCUAUUUCAAAGAGGAUUUCCGUCAACUUUGGAGCUCUAAAGUUGCUUUUCUUUCUGAAUGGCCAUUGAUUAUAACUUGUAGACCAUUACCUACGAGUAAUGAAAUAUUUUAAUUACGGACUUCUAUAAAUGACAACACCCGUCACUAUCUUACGUCUGAAUAUGAGUUUUUAGCAAGCCAUGUGUCAAGGUUGAACGUAUGUAUGAUAAAAUUUGAAUGAUAAGGAAUGAAUGUGAAAACUAUCGCCCACAGGAUUUUCAUUAUUUUAUACAUGCCUUUGUCCAAAAUAAAGUGUUUAAAGACCUUUCAACUAUUAAGUACUAGUGGGUAUAUAUUAAUUGCAAUUAGGAACCUGCUUCCUAAUAGCAUCUCUCGAUAAAAUGAUCAAGUUGUUAUGUAUAUAUGUGGGUAUAUAUAAGUCUAUAAUCACACAUCAUCUCUAAUCCAAUGCCCAAAAACAAUUAUAAACACAAAAACACAAAGAAAGCAACUAUGCAUUUAAAGAUGCUACUAGCAGUAGCUAUUGCAGCUUUGGUGGCAGCAAGUGCUCAAGAGGAACCAGCUUGUGAAAGUUCAUGUGGCAAUGUGUCUAUUGCUUUCCCAUUUGGUUCAGGAAAUGGAUGCUACUACAGUCGCAGUUUCCUCGUAACUUGUGACCGAUCGUCUAGGGAACCAACGCUUAUCUUUGGACAACGAAGAAACACAGGAAAUGUCGUUAUUUCAGAUAUGUCCAUAGAAAAGGGUGAGGUGGAGAUUAUGCUGUCUGUAGCGCGUGAUUGCUACAAUAGUUCUGGCCGAGUCAGUAGAAACCGACCAUCUUUAAGGUCUGGAAAUUUCCAAAUAUCCGCCAGGAACAAACUUGUAGCAAUCGGGUGUGAUACAUAUGCACAAUUAAGAGUAAGAAGUGGGAAUGAUUCUCACGGUACCGGUUGUAUUUCUACAUGUGAUAGAAACAGCCCUUUUAUAAACGGAUCUUGCUCGGGAGUUGGAUGCUGCGAAGUAGCAGUUCCAGAAGGAAUGAAAUCUUAUGAUAGGAGUAGUACGAUUCUUGGUAGCUUUAAUAACCAUGAGAAUAUAACGGACUUCAACCCUUGUAGCUAUGCAUUUUUUGUUGAAGAGGGGAAGUUCAACUUUUCUACAACUAACCUGGUUGAUUUUGGAAGUGUAAGGGAGAUGCCAAUGUUACUUGAUUGGGGAAUUGGGAACUUGACUUGUGACAAAGCAAAGGACACAAAUAACUUCUUAUGCAAGGGAACCAGCAAAUGUGAUCAGGAUUAUGGAGGUCCGGGAUAUCGUUGCCGUUGCCUUGAAGGUUAUGAAGGCAACCCUUAUGUUGCAGAUGGCUGCAAGAAUAUUAAUGAGUGUGAACGAGGAAGUGAUGAUUGCGAACAUGAAUGCGCUGAUACAGCAGGAAAUUAUACAUGUACCUGUCCAAAAGGUUACUCUGGAGAUGGUAGGAAAAAUGGAUCAGGUUGUACUGCUGAUCAAUCCGCCAUUAUAAAGAUAGUUGUAAGCACCUUAGCUUCUGCUGUUUUUCUCCUUAUAACUGUCACCUGGUUGUACUUGGUGCUCAAAAGGCGAAAGCUCAUGAUGCUGAGAGAAAAAUUCUUUGAACAAAAUGGUGGAAUAAUGUUACAGCAACGAAUUUCUGGAGAUGGGGGUUCUCAUGAUCAAGCAAGAGUAUUCACGAUAGAGGAGCUAAAGAGGGCAACCAAUAACUAUGAUGAGAGCAGGAUUAUCGGUAAGGGUGGCUAUGGUACGGUUUACAAAGGGGUUCUUUCUGAUAACAGAGUAGUUGCAAUAAAGAAGUCUAAAUUAGGAGAUCAAACACAGGCUCAGAUAGAGCAAUUUAUCAAUGAAGUGGUUAUCUUGUCCCAAAUAAAUCAUAGGAACGUGGUGAAGCUGAUUGGGUGUUGCCUGGAAACAGAAAUCCCGUUAUUGGUUUAUGAGUUCAUUCCAAAUGGAACACUCUCUGAUCACAUCCACAAUAAAGUCAAGUCGUUGUCUAUUACAUGGGACAUCCGUCUCAGAAUAGCAACGGAGACAGCUGAAGCACUUUCAUACUUACAUUCUGCAGCAUCUGUUCCAAUCAUCCAUCGUGAUGUCAAGCCAAUGAAUAUUCUUUUGGAUGAGAACUAUGUAGCAAAAGUGGCUGAUUUUGGAGCUUCUAAGCUAAUUCCUAUUGAUCAGAUUGAGUUGGCCACUAUAGUGCAGGGAACACUUGGCUACUUAGAUCCUGAAUAUUUGCAGACAAAUCAACUUACAGAUAAGAGUGAUGUUUAUAGCUUUGGAGUAGUACUAGUGGAACUUUUAACCGGAAAAAAGGCUCUUAGCUUUGAUAGGCCAGAGGCAGAGAGAAACUUAGCUAUGUAUUUUCUAUAUUCUUUAAAAGAGGGGAGACUUUUUCAGGUUCUUGAUGAAUGCUUGCAGCUAAAUGAUGUUCCUAGUGAAAUUAACCAAGUAUCAAGACUAGCCCAAAGAUGCUUACGUGUUAAAGGCGAUGAAAGGCCUACCAUGAAGGAAGUAGCAAUCGAGCUCCAAGGAAUAUCGGCUUCAAUGAUACAAAACCAUCCAUGGGUGCAAAGUAGUUCAAAUGAAGAUGAAGGUGAUUAUUUGCUGAAAGAACUAACCAACGACUAUGAAUGUACAAAUGGUGGCAAUGUAAGCUCAAGCACCUUCGAUAGCAUGAGCAAGCAUACUAUGUUAGGGAUUGCUAGUGGCAGGUGAAGGUUGGGACUUCUAUCUACCAAUUUGGAACAAACUCACUCUUGUAUAGGGUGAGGUAUGAUAAAGAUAAGUUUAGUUGAUGCAUCUUGUUGUUAGAGUUUGUUAGGUAGUUAUGUUGUUUGUAUAUAUUGAGCCUAAGAUCUCAUUGUUUAGUACGCACUCAAGAAAUUCAUCAACAAUA